ACAAACUUCGCGCUUUGAGUUUGAGUUCAAGGGGGGAUUUGAAGAUGGAGAACUUCAUCCUGUAUGAGGAAAUUGGAACAGGACGCCAGUCAGUGGUUUAUAAGGGGAGGAGGAAAGGGAGCAUCAAUUUUGUUGCAAUUAUUUGCAGUGACAAGUCAAAAAGACAUGAAAUUACUAACCACGUACGGCUGACUCAUGACAUUAAACAUGAGAAUGUGGUAACCUUCUAUGAGUGGUAUGAAACCAGCAACCAUCUUUGGCUUGUAGUGGAACUGUGCACAGGGGGUUCACUGGAGUCAGUCAUCACCCAGGAUGAGUGCCUGUCAGAAGAUGUAGUGAGGGAAUUUGCCAUCGAUCUGGUCAAAGGCUUGAGAUACAUCCAUGAUGCUGGUAUCGUGUUCUCUGACCUCACUCCCUCCAAGAUCUUGUUGGAUGGCCCUGGCACUUUGAAGUACUCUAACUUCUGCCUGUCUAAAGCUGAGGGGGAGAAUCUGGAGGAGUUUUUUGCUUUAGUCACAGCAGAGGAAACCGGUGGAGGGGAUGGCAAAGAAAACACAUCAAGAAGAAAUAUCAAGAGCAGAAUCCAAGGGUCUCCAAUAUACUGUGCACCAGAGGUGGUCAAAGGGGGGGUCCACAGUAUCAGUAGUGAUCUGUGGGCCCUGGGCUGUAUAUUCUAUGAGAUGUUUUCAGGAAAACCACCAUUCUUCUCCGAGACGUUUUCUGAGUUGAUUGAGCUGAUAUUACUUCAGGAUCCUCAAUCUCCAAGGCAAACGGGGGCUUCUUCCUGCAAGCCUACACAAGAGUUCCAAAGCCUGCUUAAAGGUUUGCUUCAGAAAGACCCUCAGAAGAGGAUAAACUGGACUCAGUUACUGGUCCACCCAUUCUGGAGAGGAGUGUUCUCUGAGGUCCACACCAGCGAGGAGGAGGAGGAAGAAGAAGAUGUCUCAUUCAGCUCCAGUGUGGGGAGGAGUGGUGUCUGUGCCUCUAGCCAGUCAUCAGCAGUGACACCUGUCUCAGUGACCUCCCAGGGACCAGGAGGGGGAUACAGAGGGGUACAGGGAGGGGCCGCAGGGGCAGAGGAGCCCGUCCGCAUGCACCCCAACAAAUCAUUCCGAUUAGACAAAAUGACAGAGCUUAGACCAAAGAGUGCACUGGACAAAGAUACCAGGGAGUCCAUAUUCCUCCUCAGCUCUCGUCCAACUCCAAGAAUGAGUUGCACUGCAAGAGAUCCACCCAACAGGACACCAUUACCUCAAGACAGUGUGGUGGCAAGUGGUCUGAAUGACAUCAGUUACUGUAUAAAGGAUUUGGUGUACACUGACUCUGACCUGGCAGUCACACCUAUUAUGGACAACCCAAAGAUUCUGAAGACCGCUCCAGUGCGAUAUGACCUGAAGACUUUGUGUGUCCGAGCAUACUCAGUGGAGAAGCUGUCCUGUCUGAGCUCUGAGGACUGGAGGGUGUUUCUGCAGCAGCUGUGCUCUUCUCUGGAGGCCCAGGCUGAUAAGACCACGGCGGCGGUCCGCUCUAAACUCAACCUCCUCUGCUAUCUGUGUACCAUAGCUGCCCACAAGGACACAGCUACCAGGCUCAUCAACUCCGAGCUGUUCCCUGUGUUGACCCAGCAGCUGCGUCUAGCACCUAACUGGGAUGUGAAGUUUAAGGUGAUGCGGGUGCUGGGGCUACUGGCAUCCCACUGCACUGAGCUCAGAGAGGAGACCCCCGUCACUGAGGCUGUUGUCAUGUUCACGGAGCUGAUCAGAGAGAACUUCAGGAACAGCAAACUGAAGCAGUGCCUGCUGCCGCCACUGGGGGAGCUGCUCUACCUCAUCGCCACACAGGAGGAGAAGAAAGAGAACCCAGGAGAGCUGUGGGUUGUUCCUGCUGCCGCCUACACGGUGUUAAUGAGGUGCCUUCGGGAAGGGGAGGAGCUGGUUGUGAACCACAUGGUGUGUAAGAUGGUGGAGAACGUGUGUACCCCGGUGUCUCACUACGCCCAGGGCUUCAUCACCGGGGAGAUAGGCCCCAUGCUCUGGUACCUGUUCACACACUCCAGUGUCGACUCACUACGCGUCAGCGCCAUCUCAGCCCUGUGCAGAAUCACCCGCCUCUCAGCCAGUGCCUUCCACAGUGUGAUUGACAAGGUGGGGCUGCCAGCCAUCUUAGCCAGCCUGGUGUCGGGGAUCAGCCGUGUCCAGCAGCACAUACUCACCAUGUUCUCUGCCAUGCUGGCGUCAGGGGCCCACGCCCAGCUACACAGACUAGUCCAGGAGCGGCCCUGUGCCAUCUUCUUCAGCAGUAAACAUCUCAUCUGGCCCGGCACCGCCGCCCUCUCCCUAACCUCUGACAGAUAA